UUGCCCCGCCAUUUGAUCCGUACGAAAGUUGCCGACCGGUCUCAGUCAUGGAGUCGCCCGAGGAACGAUCCUCUCUCUCCCUAGAGUCUCACCUCGUCAAAAAACUCAGCACCGUCCCCGCCUGUAGGGCCAUUCUAGGCUACUACGAUGCCAUCAAGACGUCCAAUAAGUUUUUUGAAUUGGGACUGACUUAUGUGGAGACGGGCGUAUGCACGGUCGUGGGUAACAUGACGAAAAACUCUUGGGCGGGUUCCACCUUAGACCAAUAUGCGGGGGAAGGGAUAGAGAAACUCAAGGUCAAGUUCCCCAUUUUGGAGAAGGCUCCGAAAAAGCUGAUGACGAAGACCAAGCGGAAAACCAUGAAGAAGGUGAAGAAGGGUGCGGCCACAGUGUUUGAUACCCGUAUAGGGAGAAUGUUCACAUUCGGGCUCCGGACUGCGGUCACUAUGUCGGAGAACUUACUUGUUGGACUCCAACCGCACGGACGCAAAUCACCUAGGAAACCGGACAAACAGAAUGACGGACGCAAGUCGGAGAAAACUGUUCAGACGGAGGACGGGAAAAAAGUGAUGAUGGUGUCGAGCAAAGAACAACAGACAGAUCUAAGCGGAGCGGAUAUGAUCAAACAGAAAAUGGAGGCAAUGGUAGAGGAAGGACCCUUGUCCAAACUCCAGAUGUACGCAAUGGAGGCCCUGCUGUUCCCACUCGAGCUAACGGUGGAGUUUUUGAGAACCCUCCAUGGCUGCAUACCGGGCGCAACAAAGUCAGCACCGAGCCGGAAGUCUACUCGGAAAGGGAAAGCCAUGGGCGUCUCCCCAGAGAAAAAGAUGGAGAUCGAAUCGAGACGAAAGGUAUCUCCUAAAAAGCGAAUCCAAUCAUCGUUACUCGGAAAUCUAAAGAAGGUGACAUGUCGGGUGCUUGGUUUGGGCUCGUCGGCUAAAAAGCAGAGCGACAUCCGGGACUUCAUCAAGUGCAGCAAACAUCGGGGCCUGAACCUUGACCCCGCGGUGGAGGGCGACGACAUGGAGAAGAAGAGGAAACACGACGACGUAUCGGACGGGUCGGCGUCGACAGACGAGGACUUGAUGUACAUGGACCUUGACGACUACGAGUCCGAUGAAGACCCAGACUAUGAGCCGACGGACAGCAGCAUGAGUGACAUAAGUAUAGAAUCUGACGAGGGGGAAAGCGAGGGAGAACUGGAGACGGAGAAAAUGGAUGAAGAAAUGUACCAAUUGAAGGAAAAGGAUAUCAACAAACCACCGGAAGUAAAGGCGGGACAACAGCCACCAAAACUGGAUGACAAGGUUCAAAACUCACAGAAAAAUGACCCUAACGACCCCAAAACUGACCCCAAGGUAACAAAACAGGACCCUAAGAGUCAAGCGUCACCAAAACCAGAUCAGAGGUCACAAGCUAUAACCAAACUCGACUCCAAGACCACCAAGUCUCCCAGUAAGGACCAGAGGACACCGACGACUGGACCCACAGAGGACAAGAACAAGAAUGAUAUCAACAAGCCACCGGAAGUAAAGAUAGGGGGAUAUCCACGGGAUGCGGAAAACAAGACACACGCCACAGUGGAACCUGAACCUAAUGUUAAAGCGGAAUACAAAUGUGUCCUAAAGGUAAACAAACAGGAGAAUAAGCAAACGUCCCUGAAAGCUUGAUCUCAAAGUACUUAACACACCGCGAGAUUUACAGCCGGGAAAAACCCCUAAGGAACAGAGCGACAACGUACAAACAUUGGUUAAACCUCACCCAAAGUUUCCACCAAAACCUGAUCCAACUACGUUCAAACAAAACGGAAAUAUUCAAAUGUCAAAUGUGCAGGAACACGAAAUGGACAUCACGAUGAAGGAACCAUCGAAACCCGAUCCCCAAAUAAUUAUCAAGUCAACGGUAGUAAAGCAGGGUCAAAAACCAGAAGACAAGGUACAAAUACAAACUACUUUAACGCCUAACCCCAAAGAAGUUACAAAAGAACCAGAAAUAAGAGAGAGCCGGUAUAAUCCUGACGACAAAGGUGGAUCUUCUGUGAAACCUAUUGUUAAGGUAUUUAACAAAUCAACGGGAAUACAGGAACAAUAUCCAUCGAAGCAGGAAGACAGGGAUCUAAAGGCUCUGAAAACUGGUCCAAGCGUAUCUACUAAGCCGUCGGAAGAAAAACAAGUUCAACAGUCGCAGAAAAAUGGCAGUGACUUGACUGUUCAAAUAUCUGACUUGAAUGUACCAGUCGAAGCAAAAUCUAGACAAAAGCCGACGAAACAAGAGGAGCAAACGAGGAAAUAUGACCCGAAGGUGAUACCGAAAUCACCGGAAGUAAAGCAAGGUCCGUUUAAACAAAAAAUGGGCGACAAAGUCCAAUUUUCUCCGAAACCUGGCCCAAAGGUAUUAAGCAAACCACCGGAAGUAAAGGUGGAUCAGAAUCAACAGAAACCAGAGGAAAAGGUUCUAUCCUCUCCAAAACCUGGCCCAAAGACAGUAAGCCAACCAACGGAAGUAAAGGUGGAUCAGAAUCAACAGAAACCAGAGGAAAAGGUUCUAUCCUCUCCAAAACCUGGUCCAAAGACAGUAGGCCAACCAACGGAAGUAAAGCAAGGUCACUAUCAACAAAAAUCGGACUACAAAGUUCAAUCUUCUCCAAAACCUGGACCCAAGACAGUAAAGUAAGCCAAGUAAAGCAAGGUUAGUAUCAACACACAAAAAAUGAUAAUAAAAACAGACGGCAAAUUUCAAUCUUCUCCGAAACCUUACCCAAUGAGUACCCAAACCACCGGGAGUAAAUCAAGAUCAGCAGCAACAGAAACCGGAAGACAUAUUAAAUCUUUAAAACAAGAAACAACCCCCCCCCCCCCCCCCCC